GGGUGACCACUAUAUAUAACCCUCUCUCAUCAUCAAUCAAAUGGCAGGUGCAGAAAAUUUUUAAUCACACCUCCAAAAAUAAUUUUCUCUGCAUCUGUACCCUUUUCUUUACCUUCUUCCUUUGAAAUUUAUUUAUACGAAAAAUAUCAAAACAGUGCUUGAUCUUUCUGUAAAUUAUUCAACAGUCCCUGAGAUAAAAACUUCAUUACAAAUAUAUACACAUAUAUGUACAACAAAAUGCCGUCUCUACAAGAGGAGCUAUUUCCAUCGACGCCGGGGAAGUUCAAGAUCGAUCGGGGAAACACCAUGAAUCGUCAGUUUCACCGUUGUUUCGCAUCGACUAGCACGAUGUUUCUCUGGGCUUUGUUCUUGAUAGCUUUAACGGCGUCGUAUUUGAGUUUUCAGAGCUUCGUCGAUUCAGGUAGCCGUUAUUUCUCAGCGUCGUGGGGUGGAAUCCAGUGGGAAAAGCAAGUGCGUAACUCGGCUAAGAUCCAUCGUUCUGGAGGUAUGUCUGUGCUCGUUACCGGCGCCGCUGGUUUUGUCGGUACCCAUGUUUCUCUUGCUCUGAAAAAACGCGGAGAUGGCGUCGUGGGUCUUGAUAAUUUCAACAACUAUUACGACCCAUCGUUGAAAAAAGCUAGAAAAUCAAUGCUUAAUGACCAUGGGGUCUUCAUCGUUGAGGGAGAUAUUAACGACGCUAAGCUUUUGGAUAAGCUUUUCGAUGUGGUUGCGUUUACACACGUGAUGCACUUGGCUGCUCAAGCUGGGGUCCGCUACGCCAUGGAAAAUCCCCAAUCUUACGUCCACAGCAACAUAGCUGGACUCGUCACGCUUCUCGAGGCAUGUAAAAUGGCCAAUCCUCAACCAUCGAUUGUUUGGGCUUCAUCUAGCUCUGUGUACGGACUAAACGACAAGGUUCCUUUCUCUGAAUUGGAUCGGACUGAUUCUCCGGCAAGUCUCUACGCGGCGACGAAGAAAGCCGGUGAGGAAAUCACUCAUACUUACAAUCACAUUUACGGUUUGUCCAUUACAGGGUUGAGAUUCUUCACUGUUUACGGGCCAUGGGGUCGACCCGACAUGGCUUACUUCUCUUUCACCCGUAAUAUUCUUCAAGGUAAACCCAUUACGGUCUAUCGGGGCAAGAACCGGGUUGACUUGGCCCGAGAUUUUACUUACAUUGAUGAUAUUGUUAAGGGUUGUCUCGGGUCGUUGGAUACUUCUGCGAAAAGUACCGGGUCGGGUGGAAAGAAGAAAGGACCCGCCCCGUAUAGGAUCUUUAACUUGGGGAACACGUCACCUGUUACUGUACCAACGCUUGUGGACAUUCUUGAAAGACAUUUGAAGGUUAAAGCGAAGAGGAAUAUUGUGGAUAUGCCUGGAAACGGCGACGUUCCGUUUACUCAUGCUAAUAUCAGCUUGGCCCGAAGAGAACUCGGGUACAAACCCACAACCGAUUUACAAACCGGGUUGAGGAAGUUUGUUAGGUGGUAUCUUUCUUAUUAUGGAUAUAAUAAUCGCGUCAGCAAAACUGUAAAUUAAAAUUAAUAUUUUUUAUUUAUUUUUCCUUUGUAGGAGUUUCUUUACCAUUUUACCAGAACAAAAUGAAAGAAAAUGGGAAAAGGAAACUUUUUUUUUUAAGAAGUUUAUUAAAAAAAAAAAUGAAAAAGAAAGAGAGAGAGAUACAUUCAUUUUCUUCUUAGUGUUGUUUUUUUUUAAUUAAUUUUGUGUAAAGAAAUAUGUUCAAAAAUGUUUGUUUUGUUGCUCCCAA